UUUAUUUUGUUUCUUAUUGCGUGUGGACCUACAUUUUUCCCUUCAAUUUUUUCUCUCUCUUGGUUUUUGCUUUCUUGUCGAUCGCCCUGCCGCCCUGCCUGGCUUCGAGUCCUUCCCUUUUUUUCUUUUCUUGGUUUGUCUGGACUGUGCAGGAGUACGUACCCUCCCUUUCCCCAUCCUUAUUCUCUUCUUUUCGUGCCAACAGCAAACACAGGCACAACCAAUUGUUCGGUAUUGUCAGCCACAGCCGCUAGCCGCGUUUGCCCCAUGGUCCGCUCCUCCCCUCUCCAGUGAUUCAGUGCCGGCCCGAACAGCUGUCUGUUGUCCCUCUGUGGCUGCUGCGGACCACCACCACCACCACCCUCCUCCUCCCCAUCCAGCCAACCAACCACCAGCGCCAUCCAACUUGACGCAGAGCAGCCGACCCGACCUGUCGCCUGGUCCAACCCACCGCAAAAACAACAACGACAAUUGUUCGGCCCCGCUCCUCCCCAACCAUCGUCCAGCUUCGCCCCCUCCGCACCACCGCGUCGGCCGUUUCGAUGAGAUAGAACCGAAAUAUGUUAUGGCUUUCCUGGACGACCGCUGGCCCGUCUCUGCUUCUCUUGUGCGUCAUCCUCGCAUGGUGGUAUACCGAACCCAAGACCGCCCAGCUCAAUUCCAUCGUUCUCGUCGGCUGCUUCUUCUUCUUCGGGGCCGUCAACCCGGAACUGGCCCGCGCCAUCCCCGUAAACGUGUUCCAGUACUGCGCCAGCACCCUUCUUCUCCUCCAGCUCGAUAGUUUCCUGGCCGGUUUCGUCGCGUCCAAUGCGAGGAUGCUUUUCACCGGCGCCGCCGUUGUCUGGCUCCUCCGCCGGGCAUCCCAGACCCUCUGGAAACCCGUGCCCGAGCUCAUUGGAAUACUGGGCCUCGAGGUCCCCGACAGCCCCGAUGUUUCCCUCACGGGGAUCGCCGCGGACAAGGCCACGCUGACGUGGACCAGAGCCCAGCCAAAUCGCCCCGUGCAGAAGUUCCUUAUCCAGGUCAAUGGAGUUAAUGUGGGCGAGAUUGCGAGCAACCAGGACAACUUCAUCAUCGUAUCGGGCCUCAAGCCGGACCAUUUUUACAACGUGCGUGUCAUUGCCGUUGGCGCCAACAACUUCCAGGCCGGCAGCCGUGUCAUACGCCUUCGCACAUUCGCCAGAGACGGACGCCCCCAGCUCGGGAACGCUCGGCUGCCCUCUAAUUUUACCCCAGACGAGCAGGGCCUGUCCUCACAGACGGAGGUUGUGGACGAGAAUGGCGCCCCGCGUAGCCCCGUGCCGGCUGUAGAGACGGCCGCCGUGUCGGAAGCCCCGCCCCAGGUCGUGACCCGCGAGGCCAACCCUUCCUCUGUACCCGGGAUGCGGAGGAAUACGGUGGGCAGGCGUCACUCGCCCUCCGUCGCUGCCAUGGACCAGCCGCCCCCACCCCCGCCUCCAGAGGCCGAGGUGGCCGAACCCACGGACGCGCAGAUGGAUGUCCUUGGCGAAAAGUACAAGGCGCUGUUACGAGAGACAGAGGAUCUGACCGAGAUGAUGGCAAAGGAAGAGGAGGACCACAGGCAGACGCUGAGCGAGAUGGAGGCGGAAAAGCAGGAGAAGAAGAAGGAGCAGAAGAAAAAGGAGGAACACACGGAGAGGCUGAGGCGGGAGCAGGGGACUACGGAGCGCCUCAUGCGCAACGCGCUGCAGCGCAAGUCUCAGAAGGAGAAGCUGCUCAAGGAAAAGCAGACGGAGCGCACCAAACUCGGAGAACGCGUGGCGCACUUCGAGAAGGGCAUCGAGGAGAUGCGCAAGGACCAGGAGAGCUUCGCCAAGGAAAAGGAGAAGAUGGAGGAGGAAAAGAACGGGCAGGAGGACUGCUUCAGGGGCGAGGUCAUGAUCCUGUCGACGGAAUGCAGCAACAUGGAGGCGGAGCUCAAGGAGAGGCGCGCGCAGGUCAAGGAGCUGGAAGACGCUAGGAAGAAGCUUCCUGGCGGCGAGGACGAUGCGGAGUGGCGCGAGCAGGACGCCGAAGCGCGUAGAGAGUGGAACAGGCGGGAAAGGGAGCUGCAUGCCACGCUCGACUACGAGAACAAGCGGACUCGCCAGCUCGACGAGUCGACGCUGGGCAUCUCGACGCAGCUGCAGCAGAUGCAGCAGUUGCAGCAGCGCGAGUUCUUUGCCCAGUCCAACCCGUCGGCGGUCGAGUUUGGCGACGGCCUGAGCAGCCAGAUGAAGCGGAGGAGCAGGAACGGCAACUCCAUGUCGGGCGUCGCCGUCGGUCCGUCGCCGGCCAUGAACGCCGUCUACCCGGUGUCGGAAGUCACGGGGGCUCCUGUGCCAGGCUUCUCUGCCAGCCGGCUGUCGGGCCCGCCCGGCUUUGCCCACAUCCCCUUCAUGACCCUGCCCGCCGACGCUCCUGCCGAGUUGGGCAUGUCUCGCGAGGACGCUAUCAGGGCCCUGGCGGGAGACGCGCCGCUCAGCCCCACGGCCAAGGCGCUCCUGCCGUCGCACAUCUUCAUGGACAUGGAUGACGACGACCCGAGCCCCGACCAAAGUCCGUUCGUGCCCCCUCGGCGUCUCGGCUCGCCCGUCAACGAUCCCCAGUCGCCGGGCUCCAACUCCAACAAGUCGAUGAGCAUGCUGUCCAGCCCCCGCGGCUCGACCCACAACCUGCCCUUUCCCCAGCACGGGGAGCCUGGUGAUAGGAGGCCGCUAAGGAGCGCGAGGGACCUCGGGGCGCCGCUGUCGUCGCCGCCCCUCCCGGCGGCCCAACCCGAGGGCAAAGGCUCAUCCCUGGCCAGCCUGCUGAAGUUCCAGCGAUCUAGGGGCUCGAAGCCGUCCGAGAUGGAAGGACCGGCGCUCGGGAGCCUCAAGCCUGGCCAGAGUCAAUCAUUCCCGCGCCAGUCGGACGAGCCCGAGAGCCUGGUUAAUAAGAGAAAGCUUAGCCUCUCGUCGUGGAACGGCAUGUUCAACCGCAACUCGGCGGGUCCAGAGCUUUUGCAGGAUGCGCGCAUCCCGCCCACCUCCACCUCCAACACGGGCCGAUUCUCAGCGCGCAGCAUCUUCCCCUUUGGCGGCUCACGAGUCACGAGUGGUGUUUUCCACGAGAGGGAUCCGAGCAGCCCGCGCCCGGCUUCUACCGCCUCGUCGGACCUACCGCGGCCCUCCACCGAGGGGACCUCGGGCAUCUGGGGCCCUCAUCCGGCCGAUAUGCAUGUCAUAGUUGGCAAGACGUGGCCGUGGUCGCCGCCCGAGCACGGCUGGUCUCGCAACCCCUCGCGCCGCCCUUCGAUCCAUGGGUCACCGUCGGUGCUGAAGACCACACUGGCCUCGGCUGACGACGAGAUCCUGGACGAGGAGGCGCUGAUGAAGCACGGUGCGCUGCCCAGCCAGGUUGGUGUGAUCGGGAGCAGGCCACCUGGCACCAAGACAUCGCUCAAGACGCUCAACCCCGCGGCGCCCACCUUCAUGACGACCCUGUUGUUCAAGUCAUCCAAGGAUAAGUCCAAGGACGGCAAGGGCAAGGACAAGGAUAAAGGCAAGACCAACGAAAGCUCCAUGUCUCUGGUCGGGGAGACGUCGCCGUCGGACUCGCGCGUCUCACGCGAUGGCAUGUCGGUGCACACGGAGACAUCCGUGUCCGAAUCGCGCGAGUCCCUGACGCUGGACACGAGCCUCUCCAACACGCUGCCCGACGGGAGCCUCGGCUCGGCGACGCCCGGCAGUUCCAAGGAGAGCGUCCACCCGGACAACGUGGUUAAGAAGCUGUUCCGGAAGAGCAGCUCGAGCAAGUUCAGCUUCACCUCGCGCCUGAGCAAGAAGGGCCCCGGUAGCGUGUCGGCAAACUCGGACACGCAUGGCCGCUCGAGCAUCGGCGACCUCGAUGAUGCCGGCCUGUCGGCCACGUCGGGUCUGAGUCCCGACAACUUCGGAGGCCACGCCUUUGGUGGCGGCGGCGGCGGCGGCGGCGGUGACUCGUCCCCCUCGGCCGCCGCAAUGCUCGGGCGCGGCGCCGACAGCGUCACGAGUAGCCCGUCGCUGGGGCCGUCAAAGUUUGCCGGCAGCAGCAGGGACAAGGAAGGCAGCAGCAGCAGCAGCAGCGGCGCCGCCAAGGACCGGCCCGAGAGCCGCAUGAGCAGCUCCCACCGCUGGUUCUCCAUGAAGAAGAAGGGCAAGGAGAAGGAGUCCCUCGAGAUUGACAGGGCGAGCGUCGCCGACUCGGACGCGGCGACCCCUGUGACCGAGAGAACGUCGAGGGACAUCUGAGCCCAGCUGCGAGGCGUCGCUGCUUGUUGAUUAUCCAUUUUGCUGCUCUUUUCUUUGUUGGGCUGGCUUGCUUGUGCCGCGAAGAGUCUACUGUCUUACCCAAGUCCUUGGAUGUUGCUGUCUUGAUCCUGUAUCGUCUGUCGUGUUUUACCUGGGCAUCAUUCAUGGUACCUUCCUUGACCUGCCCGCAUUUCAUCCCUAGCUGCCCCCUGACACCCCGACGACCUUUUGGAAGUUGGCGCGGGGAGAGUAGGGCAUUGAAUAAAAAUUUCCAAAAGCGUUCCACCAUUAAACCGUACGACCAUCCUG